AACUGAGAUAAAAAAAAACAACUACUCACCCCCAAAAAUACAGACAGCUGCUAUUACUGACCCUUCAACCCAGGGAGUUUAACUACUGUCCGUCCAACUGAGAUAAAAAAAAAACCUACUCACCCCAGAAAAUACAGACAACAGUUGUUACAGACCCCUCAGCCCAGACAGCAAAACUACUGUCUGCCCAUCUGUGGUCUUAAGCUACUUCAACAGCUACUGACCCAGAAAAUACAGACAAAGGCCAACAACGGCUGUUACUAACCCUUCAGCCCGUACAUUUAAACUAGCUAGCUACUGUCCCUUUAGCUGAGUUCAACAGCUACUGACCAUUCAGCUGAAACAUUUAGGUUAGCUAAGCUCCAGCCAGGAUCUAGCAGCUGCUACUUAACUUUCAGCUGUACAGUUUAAACUGCUGAUUAUUCUCCUGUGAAUAUACUGUAGUACUUGUUGCCCUUUAUCCAUACCUAGCUAAGAUACUGAAUGUAAAGUCUGUCUACUCCAAAAGCUACUGACCCUUCAGUUUAGACUGUCCAGUCAAAGAUAUCCAGCUCCUGCCCCUACAGCAUUCACACGCUGUCCACAGCUAGCUAAGUGUGUCUUACUGCCAUAGACUUUAUACUUACCUGUUAUUGAAUAACCUACAACAAAUAGGCUUGAAAAACUCCACUAGAUCAAACAGGCAUAACCACCACCCACUGUGCUGUGUCUGUCUGCCACAGCCCAGUCUGACAUGUUCAGGAGGUCUGUGUUAUUUAUUACAUCACUGAACAAGAACCUGUCGAGAGCAUUUCAUGCCUGUACCCAGUCAGAAGUGGUCAGAUUAAAGCUUCAGACUCUCAAAGUGACCUAUCAGCUUUCACCACUUCGUCACCUGUCCUGCAUACCUCAGAGAAAGGUGGACUAUCUGAUCUCCAUGCAGUCCGUUCCAGAAAAGACAGCGGCCGGUGGUCAGUGUGGACCGCAUUCGGAACCAUCUGGCACAGCAGUCAGAAAAGAACCUGCUACUGAAAGUAAAAAAGUGAAGAAGGUAAAAAAGGUGAAGAAUUUUAAAAAAGCCCGUGGGAGAAAGCAGAAGGAGAAAGAGUCCACGCUGACACAGAACCUGCUGGCUGAACUGCCUUUCUCCAGCACAGAGAUAUGGAAGGAGCUCGGCUUCACUGGCAGCGAGUCAAGCUCAGAGAAAAAGAGAAAGAGAGCAGGGAAGGGACGAGUGGAGGACGAGGAGGACGGAGAGGAGAAGAAGAAAAAGAAAAACUGUCCUCGGCCGAACUACUUUGUGUCAAUACCAAUCACCAACCCAGAGAUAAAGGAGGUAGUAGAGGAGUUGCAGGCAGAAGUGCUACAGAAGGAGCCUCGUCUCUCUAGAGCUUUAAUUCCUGUGGGCACUCUCCACAUCACACUGCUCGUCACACACCUGGCCACACAGGAAGAGAUAGACGCUGCUGCUUUAGCACUAGAGGAGAUGCAGCCCACACUGAUGUCCCUGCUGGGUGGGCGGAGCCUUAUGCUGCCCUUCCGUGGUAUUGGUCACUUCAGACAGGAAGUUGCUUUCAUUCAGAUUGAAGAGGGACAGCAUCUCAGCACCCUGAUCGAUAUCGCAGACUCAGUCAGGAAGGCUUUUGAAGAGAAAGGCGUCUCGUCUGGAGAUCAAAAAGACUUCAAACCUCAUCUGACCUUCAUCAAGCUUUCACGAGCACCCAAACUGCGUCGGCAGGGAAUUAAGAAGCUGGACCCUGCUCUGUAUGCUGCGUUUGAGCAGCGAGUGUUUGGUGAGGAGAGUGCGUGUACCCUGGACUUGUGCUCAAUGUUGAAGAAAAAGUCUGCAGAUGGAUAUUACCAUCGCGAGAAAACCGUCAGGUUCAUUAAUCCUGUUGGAUAUGGUUGGUCCUUCUUGGUGGUAUGCUGACAUUACCCUGGAUACCGUGGCUCUUGAUACAUUACAAAGACUUGCUGUCUUGGUCACAGAUGCGCCAGCAAGACGUGCACCAACAAUUUGUCCUCUUUUGAACUCUGGUAUGUCACCCAUAAUGUUGUGUGCAUUGCAAUAUUUUGAGCAAAACUGUGCUCUUACCCUGCUAAUUGAACCUUGUGCAAUUAAUGAAGAUCGGCCGCCAGGCUGCUCCAAUUUAGCCAUGAAACCUCCCACACGGAAAUGACAGGGGUUUCAGUUUCAUUGUCCAACCCCUGUAGAUAGGGCUUGUUCAUUGUCCAAAUAAUUAAAAUUUUAUUGUAUAUACUAUAUGUUAGGGCUACAACGAUUAAUCAAUGUAAUUGACAAUGCAGACUGUAAAAAAUUUUGACACACACGCACAUAGUGAGAAAUAGAGCAUCCUGAUUGGCCUCUCCUCAGGUUUAGUUGGCCAGUAAGUUUUUAAUGUUGGUGGGACUUGUAGCGCGAGAUGAGUUUAAAUAGGGUUAACUCCUUACAGGGUUAAACUCCUUACGUUACUAACUACUAGCGUUAGUUCAAGUAGCUGCCUAAGUGUUAGAAAAAUACUGUAUUCUGUCCACUCCAUUAAAAUGUUUGUAUAGUAACUAAUAUAUACUUCUAAAAUAACAUCCAGCCUGUGUGAAUGCUUCCUGAAAUAUAUUUUGUAAUUUUAGGUUAACAUAUACAGUGAAACACCAGACAGAUAGGGGUGACGCUUGCCGAAUAAAAGGUAAAGACUGGUUUAUUUACAGAGCCGUAAACAGAAUAACACAGCCAGAUAACAGAUCGAACAGAACUCACAGUAUAAACAGAAGGCGUAGUACAGGAAACAGUCCAAGAUCCGAAGCCAGAGAGACAGUCCGAUAAUACAACAAAUCCGAUAAGGGCAAAGACACAAGGCAAAAUCCGUAAUACAGGAAAAAGGGUCGUAACAAAAGGGCAGUCAGAAAUGGGUUUGGAAAAAUGCUCAGUACGCAACAUGAGUCGGCAAUACCUCGCGAAGAACAUAUGCUAACAGAACCCUAUAUAUACAAAACAUAGAAUUACUAUGAACCGGAACAACUUUGAACACAGUUGAGUCUGAACGGGGGAGCGUGACGCGAUUGGGUGAAGGUGAGCGGCUGACAGUGACGUCAUCACCAGUGGGUUCACGGGAAAUGGAGUUCGGGAGUGUGAAAGGAGAGACAGGAGACGUAACAUACAGUAUGUGUCAACCUUUUAAAAAAUACUUUACAGUUGGUGUUGAGCCCUAAAACAUGCAUUGGAUCUGGAGCCUCAACAGUAGGAAAUACAUACGAAUAGAGGGCAUGACGAAAAAAAUCAUGACUAAUCAAAAAAAUUAUUGUCAAAUUAGUCGACUACUAAAAUAGUUAUUGGUUGCAGCCCUACAGUAUUGGGACACCUGCUCAUAAUUUCUCAUAAUUAAAAAACAGUUCAAUCUAUUAUCAGUACUUUUCUACAAGGACUAGUCAAGCUGUUUGUGUGAAUUCAAUAAAUUCAAAAAACAUUUGUGCAUAGAAAAACUUCAGUGGAGAAGAAAUCAUUUUAUUUUAUGUUCCCCAUAUAUUAAUAUAUUAAGUUAUCAUGUAUCAAAAGCAUGGCAAGUUGUUAAGCAAUGGCUGUUCUUUGCUGCAAGCCCACAACAAUUUAAUAGAACAGCUUGAAAUCAAUUAUAAACAUUUAGAACCAGUGUUUCCACUGCACACAUUUAGCAGUGAUGGCCUGCUGCUGGAAAAUUAUUGCUGCUGCUUCAGAACUGAAUUAAAUGUCAUAAAAUCGCAAUUAUUAAACUUGGCAGAGGACUUUUCAUUUGAAACGACAGAUACUGACAGAUGCCAAAGCAGGCUUCACGACCCUUAGCACUUUUUGGAGUCCUCUGCACACCACACAGUUAGUAUUUUACAGUACUACAUUGAAUAAAACUCAGAAUAGGUAUUAUGCUUUAGACAAAUAAAACAAAUGCCAAGGUUAAGUUAUUUUGUUCUAACAGUGGCAAGAAAAAAGUAAGGUUUUCUGCAUAAAUCUGUCAUAAAAUGUGGCCACUCCCAAAGUCAGAGUUUGUUUUUCUUAAGCCAUUCUAUUGUGGACUUGCUCCAGUGUUUUGGGUCAUUGUCCUGUUGCAUCACCCAACUUAUUCGGUAUUAGCUGAUGUACAGACAUUCUCACAUUAUCUUGUAUAAUAUGUUCACACUUCACUUCACAAACUGUCACUUGAGGUUGUUUUUUUACCUCAUUGACCUCAUUUAGUCUUCAUUGUUCAUUGAGUAGCCACAGUCCCAAAUUGUCUCCAUUUGUAGACUUUACCUUUUUUACCUUACUGUAGACUGGUGAAGUCUUUGAAAUCCCUGUAACUUUUUCUGGUUGUAUGUAAACCAACAUUUUUUUAUUUUUGAUCAUCUGAAAGCUCAUUUUGACUCAGCAUUAUUUCACACACGCAUAUCCUUCUUGUAUGGAGCUUGAGUGUUUUUAUCAGUUAAAUUAGCUCCAGUCCACACCUCCGUAUGCUAACACUUGACUCUAAUUAUUGCAUUUUGUGCACUAUAAGGCGCACUGAAUAAUAAGAAGCAUUUUAUGCGACACUAGUAGCUAGUAGUAGAAACGGGUGAGCUAAGCU